UCGGCACGCGCGCGUGCGUAUGGGAUAAGAGUGGGAGGGUAGAGCUAAUAGUAAUAACCUGCUAACGUUACAAAAAUUGCAGGCCUAUUUCGUUUUUCUGAAUUUUCGUCGGUGAAGAAGGAUGUCUGGAGAAGGGAUACUGCAUCCAAUAGUUUACUGGGCCCAAACUGACAAGAACGUGUCUCUUCGUGUUGAAGUCCGCGAUGUAACUAGUCAUUCCAUAGAUGUAACAGAGGAGAGUCUUCAGUUUGAAGCUUUAGGUGUUGGAGCAGGUGGACUGCACACGUACAGAUUCUCUCUGGACUUUUACGCACCAGUAAAUGAGAAGGACAGCACCUACCGGAUUUCGGACCGCCACGUCGAGAUCAACCUGGUCAAGGCGGAGGCCAACGACCCAUGGCCGAGAGUGACCCACAAGAAGCUGAAGCCAGCCUGGCUUCGUCUUGAUUUUGACAAGUGGUUGGCAGACGAUAGCGACGAUGAGGAUGACCAGCAAUCGCAAGCGCUUGACGAGCAACGUGAAACACUGAAGCGCAUUGAGAGAGACAUCAUGGAGGCACAGGAAAAGGCAUAUGCAGAUUUGAAGAGGGUUUACUUGUUCAUCUAUAACUUGAUCCAAUUCCUGGGCUACAGCUACACCACCGUGCUGUUGUUUGUCUGGUUCAUUGUCUACGGCAAAUCUGAGAUGUUUGCUGCUUUUGAGAAGUUCUUUUAUCCUCUGGGAAUGUGUCAGCUUCUGGCCCUGCUGGAGAUCGUUCACCCUCUCACGGGCCUCGUCAAAACAGGUGUGGUUGCCCCAGUUAUCCAGGUCCUGGGUCGCGACCUGCUGCUGUUCAUGGUUAUCAUGCCAAAUGAAGAUAUUCAUGGAGAGCCAAUUGUGUGCUACUUGUUUAUGAUAUGGAGUGCCAUAGAGGUUGUUAGGUACCCGUUUUACAUAUGCGCGACACUGAACUAUGAGAGCGAGGUCAUAUCCUGGCUGCGGUACACCAUGUGGAUACCACUCUACCCCCUGGGGUUAAUGUCUGAAGCUAUCGUGACGUACAUCGCAAUCCCAUAUUUCAGGGACACUGGCAUGUUUUCGCUAGUUCUGCCAAACUCUGUCAACAUGGCUUUCAGUUUUGACUACUAUUUGUACGUACAUCUGGGAUUGAUUGCCACAGGUGGACCAUUCAUGCUGAGUCACAUGUGGAAGCAGCGUCAGAAACGCUUUGGUUCACUGAAGAAGAAAAUCAAAAGUCAGUGAAGAGUUUGGCAGUUAACGGAGGACAUAACAGCUAACACACUGAUUCAGAGUCCUGAUGAUUAUGCAAAGUCUCAUACUUAACAUUUAUAACUGUUUCUACAGUCUCAAAUUUCAGAAAUGGGAGGACAUUUUGACGUUUUCUAUUGAAGUUACGUACACCGCAAACUGAGUAGACGUAGCUUUUCCCUUCAGUAAAAUGAACUGUGUUCCUGGAAUUUGUACAUUUUGCAUGCUUUUCGAUGUGCAUAUUUCUUUGAAAAGAGUUCAAUCAAGUUUUAAGAAGGAUGGAUUUGAUUAUUGUUUUAUCGUUUUUAUUCUCGGCCUAUUUUGGCAGUAAAUUUUUUUCCAAAUAAUUGAAAUUAUGUUGUGGCAUGUAUAAUGACACUUUGAAGAAUGGUUAAACUAAAUGCAUUACUUCAAGAUGUUGCUGAUUUUUAAGGAAAAUAAUCCACGGAUUAAAUGGUUCAGUAACAUGU